ACCUGAGUGACAGAUGGCGGCUUUUUGUAACUGUUGAUUGAUAAAUGUCACAAUUUUAAAUUUAAUGACCGAUAUGAAGUGCAGAUCUCUCAAAUAAUGGGUUAUAAACUGUUGUUAACUAAUGUGUGUGAUGUUGCCGAAUGCUGUUUGUUUACGCCGGGUCUUGGAAUAAUUUUAAAGCCAUGCCUGUGCUAGAAAAUGUGCAAGUUUCUUUGAAUGAAAUACUUGAGGUUCGAGGACAACCCCUGGAAGAAUGGGAAUUAUGGGGUGUUCUUUUUCAAACAACACAAGCAGUGCAGGAUAUAUUUUUGCGAGGUCAGGCAUGCAAAGAUGGAGAGCCCCAGCAUUUAGUGACCCCUCAAAAUGUGCUGUGCUCUGCUAUGGGUCGAGUAGUUUUGAAUACAUGCUUCCCUGAUAAAAUUAAAGGGACACCAUACUGGUGUCGAGAGUUAAAUAAUGAAGAUUUCAAUUCACAAAGUUCUAUUUUAGACAAAAUAUAUGUAUUCACUAUUGGCCAAACACUUCUCUAUGCUGCACAUUACGGUGAAACAGAGAACAAUAAGAAAAAAUUGUCACCACUGAUUAAAACUGUCUUUCAAGCAAUGUGCCAGAGUGAUAUUGAUUUACGCAUGGAUUUAUCUGACGUAGAUCAGGUUUGCAGUUUACAUGCAGAAAAAUAUAUGAAUGGCCUUACAUUCAUGAAAGCAGUUUCAAAGUUACAUCAGGAAGUUCUAGGAAGUUUACCAGAAAAUGAAAUAUUGGCUCAGGUAGAUCAGGAUUUUAUGAUGGAGGAUGAUUUUGAAGAUUACAAAGGUGAGGAUGAACCAGACACAGAUUAUUCGACCAAAUAUUUAUCAUAUGGGCAAAGACUUGGCUAUCAUCCGGAAUUUUCUUCAAAUGCUAAUUCCCAAAAGAAGAAGAGAACUCCAAAAGAACUAUGGAAAGAAGCUUAUAGGAAAGUUCUUGAACAAAUACGAAAAUCAAAGAAAACAUUUCGUAGUAAAGAGGAAGUUCUUUCAGCUUGGAAGGCUCACAAAGCUCACCAGUCAAUCUUCAGAGUGUAUGAAGAAUUGACUGAACGAAGAAAAAUGUUAGAAUUGCUGCGAUUAAGCAUUAAUAUUGGGCCUGUUGCCACAGCAGAUGUGGAUAAAAACCCACUUCUUAUUACUGGACUUAAACCAAAAACAAUUGCUGAAUUAGUAUUAUUGCUUCAGAGACCUAAACAUACUACCAUUUGUUCUAAGUCAUAUGAAGAAGAACCAAAGAAUGAGAAUGUUCUGAGAAAUGAUAUAGCUAAAUCUAGGUCUCGCCUCAGCUCCUCAUCCUUUUCAUCUCUUAGCAGUGAAUGUAGUGAAAAAGCCUUUUACAAUAUUGAUAAAAUUGCUUUGAAUGAGCCAUUUUCCGAAAAUUCUGCGUUUCAUUGUUUUGCAGGGCCUGAAUUCAUCAUUAACCAGUUAAAACCUCAUACUAGAAUUUCUCCAUUUUGUACAGAUAAGGAAUUUCACAAUUCUGCUUUUACUGUAAUUAUUGAUCUACUGAAUGGCGAUUCACUGGAUAUUGAGUGUAUACCAUCAGUUACUGGAAAACAAUUAUAUCAAGCUGUUGCUGAGUAUCUCAAACUUAGAGAACGAUAUUUAUUUGGUUUGGCAUAUAUUUAUGGAGAAGAACACAUAUUUAUUGAUAAAAAGCAAAGGAUAUUUGACUUGUUACAUUCCUGUUCAGCCCUUUCAAGAAAUCGAAUUCUGAUACAUUUGAGAGUCAAAUUCUACUUGAAUGAUAUUCAUUUAAUGAGGACUCCUAGUUUAAGACAUCUUUAUUAUCUACAGUUGAGGAACGAUUUCUUAGAAGGGAAUUACUGCUGUGAUAAUAAUAUUGCUUUGUCUAUUGGUGGAUUAGCAUUGCAAGCUGAAUUUGGAGAUUAUGAUUCUUCUGUUUAUGGAAAAGAAUAUUUUAUGUUAGAACAUUAUUUACCAUAUUUCACUAUUGAAAGAUUAAAUAGAAGUGUAGCAAAGACAAAACUACAUGAACAUCAUCUUAAAUUGGAAGGAAUAUCCAAAGAAUUAGCCGAACUAAAAUAUAUACAGGCUCUAAUGAAAUUAUCUGAAUUUGGAUGCCAUUUUUAUAAAGUUUUUCAGGAUAAACGGAAUUAUACAUCUGCUGUUUGGUUGGGAAUAAAAUCCACAGGAAUUCAGGUUUAUGAAAAAGUUGCUGGGAAAAGAAGUGCGUGUCAGUUUUAUCCGUGGCAAAAUAUCAAACGGCUCUCAUUUUGUAAAAAAUAUUUUUGCAUAUCACCAAGGACGGAAAGCUACUCAGGGAAACACGUUAUUUAUCGAUUCUUCACAGCAAUAAAUGGCAGGAGUCAUUACCUUUUCAUGAUAUCUAUGGCUUACCAUAAAUUUUUUCUAAAACUUAGAACUGUUUCAAAAGCUUCUGAAAUUUUUAUAGAGGAUUUAGAUGAAGAAUAUUUGUAUUUCUGUGAUAAAGCAGGAAUGGAGAAAGAGAUUGGUUGUGAUUUGUACGAUACCAAAGGCAAAUUUCAAUGGAAAACCAAAACUUUAAGGCACAGAAGCAGUUCACAAAAUGAUUUAGAGUUUCUGAAUGAUCCUUAUGUUUUGGAAACAUCUCAACCAAAGAAAAUUUAUGAAUUAAAACAUGGAGCUAAAGCACUAAAUAAAAUUCAAAAGAAAACUGCAAUAUCAAAUUUCAUUACAAGGUCUUCAUCUGCACCUAAUCCACUAAAGAAGGGGAGAUGUGAUUAUACUAAUAAACUUCCUUUAUCUGGAGAGCCUUCUCGAGUUCCAAGUACAAUUCCCAGGGCUUCAUGUGGAAAACGGAGCAUGAAAUUUGUGAAACUUCACAAAGACCCUAAACUUGGAUUUGGUAUGGUUAUAACUUGUGGCAAUACUUAUGAUACAAUUUUACAUGGGGCAUUUGUAGAAUCAGUCCAUAAUGGAAGUCCUGCAGAUAUAGAUGGUAAUAUUAGCCCAGGUGAUCAGAUAAUGUCUGUUAAUGGUAUUGAUGUACAAAAUGAUCAUUUCUUAACAGUUGUAGACCUUUUGCAAGGUACAUCCGGUGUUGUUGAUCUUGUUAUUGCCAAAGGGAAUAAUAAAAUUUCAACCGAUUUUUCUCAACUUGUUAAAAAAGAAAUAGCUGAGAAACCAUUUACUCAGACCAAAACUUGGAUUGUUGGGAAUGAAACAACAAAGAAUACAAUGCCAUCACUUGAGAAACUUGAAGUAAAAUCAUAUGAGAAUGGUGUUCCAGUUCCAAGGCCUAGAAAGAAGUGGAUUGAACAAGAAAAAUCCUUGUCAUUCGAUGGUCCUGAUCUGACUUUAAACCAUUCUUCAAAUCUUAAUCCUGAGAAAAAAUGGAAUAAAGUAGCUGACAAUAAUAAUAUUUCUGGAGACAAUAUACCUGAUAUUAUUGCAUCCCAAAUAAAGAAUUUGGGUUCAUCUGAUCUUGUGUGCAAAAAUGACGCAAACUCAGAUGAAUGCGAUGCUUUUCUUCCCUUAAAUAGAAAUGUGGAUGAAAACUUCCUUUUGCCUGGAGAAAUAUUUCAUGUUGUUCUAGAUAAGAAAGGUGGUUCCUUAGGAUUAAAUAUUUAUCAAGGAACUGAAUCUAAUGGUACAGAACAAACAACACCAGAAUGGCAUAUCUAUAUUCAUUCUGUUGUUCCAAAUGGUGCAGCUGAUUUAGAUGGAAGAAUAAAACCAGGUGAUAAACUUCUUGAGGUGGAUGGAGAACCUUUGGAAAAUCUGUCCUAUCAGGAAGUUGUCACAAAGCUCCGAGAAACCCAACAAGUAGCACAUCUGGUGUUGGAGAAAGGGAACCUAAUUGAAACAACGCUAGCAGAAAGUGAAAUAAUACCAAAGAAAAAUAAUCAGUAUUCUAAAGACAAUUACCUAUCAAAUGCAGCUAAAAAGGAUUCCAAAAGUCCAAUUGGGCAGAACUGUGCUUUCAAGUAUUCUGAUUACAUUUUUCAAAAUGAAGCUGAAAUUAAGAGGAAAGAAAGUUCUGCAAGUGCAGAGGCAUGCUUUGAUUUGUACAAAGACAGUGAUUCAAGUGACCAAGCAUCCUUCUCAUCUUUGCCGACUAUUGCCAAUGACCCAGUAACUUCUGUUUAUGGUGCCAAAGAUAACAAUUCUAGACUUCAGAUACAUUACACUCCAAAGAGAAACCACAAUAAUUCUUCUAGUCCUUAUGCCAAAGUUAUGACUCCAAGCUCUGGGGUCUACCGAUUUCAAAGUCCAUUGACAUCAUAUAACAGUACACCAAAUUUGGCUGAAAAUUCUGAUGAAGAUGACAGAAAUGAGAUGAAUGGUUGUCUUUAUAGAAAUAGAUCAACUGAAUGUUUGGCUACACCCCACUUUUUGAAACCACAUCAAGCUGUUUUAGAUUUCUAUCAGAAUUAUUCUUAUGUUAGAGGUUCUGCUAGUAACCUUCAUCAAAUCCCUACUGUGCCAAUAAGAAAAAAGAAGCUGAAAAAAUUAGAGGACAUAUAUAAUUAUUGCAAUUCAGAAAACACAUUUGAAGUAAAGGUACAAAAGAGCAGUCGUGGCUUGGGCCUCAGUAUUUCAGGAGGGAUAGAUGCAUUUGGUCGCGACUAUUUCUCUCAGUUGAUCCGAAUACGAAAGCUUUAUCCUUUACAGCCAGCUCUGGAAUGUGGAAAACUGGUUUUAGGAGAUGUUAUAUUAGAAGUAAAUGGUACAAAGAUGGUUGGAUUAACAAAUACUGAAGCUCUAGAAGUUUUACGAUCUGCCCCUACAGAAGUGAUUUUAAAAGUGUUCAGACCUUCGAAAUCACUUAUUCCUGCUUUCUCAACAUUUAAGGGAGGAAUUUGGCCAUUUUUUGAUUCUUCUUCCAGUUCUGCGAGCAGUUCCCUCUCUAGAACUGAAGCAAAUGUGUAUAAUGUAGAGACAGGAGAAUUCGAAGUCACUCUCGUGAAAAGGGGAGGUAGCUUAGGAUUUACCAUCUCAAAAAAAGAGGGACUACUUGGAGGUUCAGAUGAAGGAAUUUAUGUGAAGGCACUUGUAAGAGAACCUGCCAUGUCUGAUGGAAGAAUACAACCCGGUGAUAAAAUAGUGAAGGUUAAUGGUACUGACAUGUCCACAAUGACUCAUGCAGAAGCAAUAGAGUUUAUGCGCAAUACACCAAAUUCUGUCACACUAACUUUGUUUCGUACAGAACCUCCACUAACACCUGGAUGCUUGGAUGAAGACUAUUCCAUAACAAAACCAUUGCGAUGGGAAGCAGUGGGCUUGAUAAACGAUCGCUUAAAGCAAAAAAAGAAUUCUGAUGAAAAUGGGGUUCCAUCAAGAAAACUAAAGAGAAAACUUGGAAGAAUAUCUAAUGCACCAAGCAAUUCCUCCUCUGAAAGCUCUGAUAGUUCCAAUUCAUCCAGCGGUCAAGAACAUGUUAUUGAAGAAAUGGUUGAGCCUUGUGAUUCAGUUGAUGACUUGAGUUUGGAAGGCAUUGGACUUCAAAGGAAUCAAAGACCAAAAUCCCUAGAUAUGUUGAAUUCAUCUGAUCGAAAAAGAUAUCCUGCAUAUACCGAUGAAGAAAGUUUUCAUCGACAGUCCAGCGUCAUGUGCUCCAAUGCUGAUUCAAAAAAUAAAAAUGAUGAAGGCCAAAAUGACAGCUCAUCUGAAAAGGCUGGGAAAAAUUUAUUGAAAUGGAGAGGAAGUACCUUGCCUCAUACUGAUGAGCCUGAUAAUCCUGAUAUCAGUCUUGAUAAAUGUUCUACCUCUAUAAUCAGUCUUGAGAAUGAAACCUCUGUUGAAUCCACAUCAGAUGAUGAAAAACCAGUACCAUUUCCAAGGACAACAAGUUGUUCGGAGUAUUGGGUAAACACUUUUGAUGUGGAGUUGGAUAGAGGUUGGCAUGGUCGUUUGGGUUUCAGUUUACAUGAUCCACCUCCUGAGUCACCAAAUUCUCCAAGAAAUAUAUUGCCAAAAGCUGCAGAAGUAAAAGCUGUGUAUCCCGGUAGUUUGGCUGACAAAGAUGGAAGAAUUAAAGUUGGAGAUCGCUUAAUUCGAAUAAUAAACAGAGAAUGUCUGUUAAAUAAAUCUGCAACAGAAGUAAUCGAAAUUUUAAGAAGAACAGGAGGUUUAAUUAAAAUGGUUUUUUGUCGAUUGGAAAAACGGACAUGAACACCAGGACCGAAUAAUUCCUUCUAGUCACAAAUUGUAAUAAUCAGUCUCAAUUAUACAGGUCAUAUUAUUGCCAUACUUGUUUGUUUUAAUGAUUUAGCUGCUAGCAUUUGACAGAAUCUCAUGAAACUUGCUUGUAUAUUCUUCAUUCCCAUUUUUAUUUCAUGAAAGAAAGGAAACUGUUUGCUCUGACUGCAUUUAGAACUUGUAUUUGAUUAUUUCUGCAAAGUUUUGUUUUCUGUAAUUACUUAUUUAUAUUUCCUUAAAUGAUCUUAGUGCAUUUGAACACAAAUGAUUGAUGCCAGCACUGUUUUAAGAUAAAUAUUACAAAUAGUAUGAACUUGAUUCAAGUUUAAAUGUAUUUUGGACCAAAUAUGAUGAUACCUCUGCAUUUUCUGCAUGACAGUAUUUUUUUAAAGAUAAAUUUUUUUUUAUUAAUAUUUAUUGUUUUUUAAAUAUGUGUGUCAUAUAAAUUAAAAACAAUUUUGAGAUAUAUGUAUACAUUUUUGCAGCAAUAAUACUUUUUUUAGUCCAUUCAUAUCAUUCUGGUAAAAGUAUGUGAUAAUUACCCAUGCCUUACAAUGAGUUGUGACAUAAUUUCAUAUUUUUCAACAUCUGUAGUUGCAUCAUUUGUAAUAAAUAUUUCUCGAUAUAUGACAUCUAACUGAAUAUUAUGUAGACUAUAUAUUUUUGACUUUGAAACUUAAAUUAGAUGCACUGAAAUAUAUAUACAUAUAUUUAACAUUUACUGCUCACUAUUUUGUCAAGUUUAUAGUUAUGCACUGAUUGCAUUUACAUUUUUCUAUGUUAACAUUAUUUGUAGAUGAUACCUAAAAGUUCACAACUUCAUGUUAGUUCAAUUUAGAUAAAUGAAACAUUAUUUUUUUUUCUAUAAAAGCACCAAAAUUCAAAUUUUGCAUUUAUUCACUAUUGUAAUCAGGUUCUAGUUUUUAUGUUUUUGUAAUUCUUGCCAUAUAAUUAGGUUAUGAAAAAAAAUAUUGCACUUAUGAUUUCUAAAAUGUGAUUGUCUUUUCAGAUUGUGUAGUACAUUUUUCACUUUUAGAUUUUGAAUUAGUGAAUUUGCAAAUCUGUGUGCACUUGAAUAUAUAUCAGAGAAAAAAAUCUUAUUGCAUUUCACCUCAAUGCCUUUCACAAAUGUGCCUAUUUCACUUACAUAGUAAUGACUAUUUUGUUAUUGAAUGUGAAAUUUCAAAUAAUUAAAUGGAACUUGCAUUUCUGAUAGCAAUACUUUUCUUCUUAUAGAUUUUUUAAUAUUAAAUACAAUUGUUGUUAAACGAUCUCCGUCCAUUAUCUUUUAAAUAAAUAUAAAUCCAAAGUAUAUUUAAUUUUUAAAUUGACAUGUAUAAUAUGUUGUGUGCACUGAAGUCUUUCCAUGUUUUUUAUGUAUUGCCAUAAAUGUAUGCAUUUUUCCAUGCGGAUUUUUUUUCUUUUCAAUUUGAUUAGAAAAAUGGGACCAAUUUUAAUAACUUUUGUGCACUUGCCUGAGAAAAAAAAAUUACUAUUUUCCAUAAUAUUAUAUUACUGAUUAUCAUAAUUUCUUGCUUGAAACAGCAAGUUAAAAUAGUUUCGGCUAUUAAUGCCUUCCAUUGCUCAUUCAUUUUGUCGUAUAUUGUACUGUAGAAUUCCAAGUAUAUCACUUGUAAAUUGUUAUGAAGAAUAAAUAAUAAAUUUUGUUAUAAUCUUGA